AUGGCAGUUGGCCAAAGGGGGUGUUUGUGCCUGGGGCUUUCCUCCUCGUGCCCGAGAGUGUGCAACAAAGCGCCCCGGUUCGAAGGCACGUUUGAGCUCUAUCGCGCCGAAUUGGAGCUCUAUCUGGCGGAGCGCGACUUGUGGGCUGUAGUGAGCGGUGGGGAGACACGCCAUAUUACGGAUGUGGACCUGCAACGCCAGUAUGACGGGCGAGAUCGAAUUGCACGUGCGACUAUCCUACGCGGCCUGCGCUGCCAAGGUUUGUAUCAAACCUCUCAUAAUGAGGGCCAGUUAUUGGCCGAGUACAUCACGACAAUGACGCAACUUCGGCAAAAGCUGCGCAAUAUGGGCCCGGACCAUGCUAUUACGGACAACGACAUGGCCCAGUUGCUGCUGAUGGGCGUGGCAGUGACUCAUCCUGAAUUACUGGACCACUUCGACCUGCCUACGCGUCAAGGUAACCCACCCACGCUGCUACAAGUAACCAAUGCUCUACGAUCCAAGGAUGAGCGUACACGCAUGGCCGAGCAAGUGGGUGGGACGCGAAAUGGAAAUGGAGUGGUGAUGAACACGAUGAGGGCUGGACCACCUGUGCAGCCGGGUCUGAAUGGGGGUAACGGUGGCAAGAAGAGGAAGUGUUUCCACUGUGGAAAACCUGGCCAUUUCAAGCGGGAUUGCUGGCACUUGAAGAAAAAGUCGAAGAAGGUGCAAGCUGGCGGAAAGGAGAUCAAGAAGACGACCAAGCUGUCAAAGAAAAAGACUGAAGAGAAGGCCAGUAAAGGGGAUCAUGCAGAGAAGAAACCGGGAGUAAUCCAGCACAUGCUGUGGCUGAAUGGCAGUGCUCCAGAUGUCCCCGGUCGCGGAUCGACCAGCGACAGCAGUAGUGACAGCGACGGCGAUGAAGAAGCUCCUGCCCUGGGAAUGGUUGCUGGUCUGGCUCGUGAAGGCGCGGUGGGCGCUUGGAUGCUGGACUGUGGGAGCACUACGCACGUGUGUGUUGAGCGAGGACAAUUCUCUAGCAGCAAGAAGUCGAAGGCAAUGUUCAAGGUCUGGACCGGUGAAGUCACGCUGGGAGUCAUGAGUGGAUCGGUACUGGUCACAGUGGCUAAUGCCCGUACAGGCUGCGGCAAUGAAGAUACCGUACAUAUCAAGAUGGAAAACGUGGAAUAUUCUCCCUUCGGAUCGGUCAAUUUGAUCAGCCUCGGCAGGAUGGAAGAAGCUGGCUGGCUCCCAUCAUUCUCUCCCUCCUCGUUUGUGCCUCGCAGCAACGGCUCGAGUUCGUAA